AUGUCUCGAUGGAUGAUUGAAGAACGAGGUGUUAAACAUAUUGCCCUUAUGAGUCGUCGAACAUUAGUUGAACUUGAAAAAGCAUCAAAUCCACAACAGAAUGAAUGGUUAAGAUUAAAACGAACAACAAAAGAAUAUAAUGCUCAUGUUAAUGUUGUUCAAGCAGAUGUAACAAACUUUCAGCAAGUUCAUGAUUUAAUUGAAAGAUUUCAAAAAACUUGUUAUCCUAUUCGUGGUAUUAUUCAUGGUGCUGUUGUUGCAGAAGAUCGUACUUUAAAUAAUUUAACACAAGAACAUUUAUCACUUGUUUUACCACCUAAAGUUCGUGGUGCUUGGUAUCUUCAUCAAGCUACACAACUUCUUCAUGCACCUCUUCAUUUUUUUAUUAUGUUUUCAUCAAUUCGAAAUCAUUUACUUGAAGUUGCCUCUGCUGGUUAUAAUGCUGGUAAUCAAUUUCUUGAUGCACUUGCUUAUUAUCGUUUUACAAAACUUAAUUUACCAGUACUUUCAAUUAGUUUACCAGCUGUAAGUGGUACUGAGAUGUUUCAUCAUCAGAAAGAAAUGCUCAGUACUUUAAGAGUUACUCAAGGUUUUGAAUUACUACCAACAAUAACUGUAUUCAAAUUAAUUGAAUGUUUUCAUCAAACUCAAAAGAUUUGUCCAUCUAUAUCUUAUUUAAGAAAAAUAGUUAAUCAAAUAUCAUCAUCAUCAUCAUCAUCAGAAAAAACUCAUUCAAUUGAGUCUAGUGCAGCUAAUUGGUUAGGUCAAGAAACUGGUAUUUAUAUACCAUUAUCUGCUCUUCUUCAAGGACUUUCAAUUGAAACAAUUGCAACACUUGUUUAUAAUAAACUUACUGAAAAAGAACAAACAAAAUCAUCAGCUGCAAAAGAACAAGAUUCAGGGUUUGAUUUAAUUAAUGAAAAUGAAGUUCAAUUUUCUAAUACAUCAACAUAUUCAGGUUUAGAAAAUCUCAUUAUAAUCGGCUUUUGCAUUAGCAAUACAUAUUUUCUAUUGAUUUAUUACACAAAAAUGUUUCCACAAAAGAAGCAAACAGUAGCAACCACUGGUCAAAAAGCACAACGACUGAUAGUUUCUGGCCGAACAGAAGCUAUAGCUUCAUCUGCUCAACAGCGUAUCUACAUGCAUGAAAAUCUUUCUUUUAGUGCCUCCGAUUAUUCUGUCUACAAUUAUGUAAUCCCGUUGACAAUAAAACGUGGCUCAGUAUUCAUAGAACAUAUUCGUUUGUCCUUAGUUUCAGUAAUUCAGCAGCACACAGUUUUUCGCACUGCCAUUCGUUUCAAUUCAAUGCAUAAUGAAAUCGAGCAAAACAUUCUACCAUUCACCGAGAAUAUCUAUUCGUUUCAACAUUCCCAAGGUGUUUCCACAUUAGAAAAGCUUGAUCGUCUAUUGACGAACGAAUCAAUUGGAAAAUAUUUCGAUGUUGAAAAUGGAAAAGUUUUACGAUGCCAUGUAGUACAACGAUCUGCUGACAACUAUGAUGAUUCACUACACGAAGAUGAUCUUAUUAUUUUUGUGAUUCAUCAUAUCGCAUUUGAUCUCAGCUCAUACAAACCAUUUCUAAAAGCCUUUGAACGAGCAUGUUUGGCAAAUGAAUAUCAGCAAUCAUUGUUAACAAUGCCACAAUACGUUGAUUUUGCAUUGUAUGAACAAGCUCUGCUAUCCGACACAAACCCGGAGUCAAAAAUGAACAAGGCUCGUCGUUUUUGGGCUAAUCUUAUGCAUGGAUACGACUGGGAUAAAAUACGAUAUUUGGUGCGCGAUGAAAAUCGAACCGAUCAGCAUUAUUCUGGUCGUGGCUAUACAACUGCAUUUACUAUCAACCAAGAUCUUGUCGAUGCAAUGAUGUUAUUUGCUUCAACCAACAAUGUAACAAUGUUUUCAUUAUAUCUGGCUUGUUAUUAUGCAUUUUUAUUUAAACUAACUAAUCAUAGUAAUGACAUGUGUGUAGUAAGCAGCAUAGCUAAUAGAUCUGAGAAAGAGAUACAAGAUAUGAUUGGUAUGUUUGUCAAUCUUGUAUUAUACCGAGUCAAAACUGAACCAAACAAUACAUUUGAACAUCUUGUGAAACAAGUGCAACCACUAAGCAAAGAAAUUCUUAUGCAUAGUUCUUUACCUUACCAACAGAUUAUUGAAUCCCAAGGCAAACGAGAAAAUAAUGCAUUACCAUCAGCAUUUUUCCAGUAUGAACCUUUAAAAUUAGCAGUGACGCAGAAAAACUCAAUUGAAUUAACUUUGAGCGAAGGGUCGGUUAUAAGCGGUUACUAUGAUAGAGAUCUGAAUCACCAGAGCGGCAUAUCACUAUUCGAUAUCUCUCUUACAAUUAUCCAUGACCAUCAUACACCAAGUACUGAAUGUUUUUUGGAUUGUUCGGCUGAUAUAUUUAAACAUCAAGAUGAUGUCGAUCUACUAUCAAAGCGUUUUCAACAUAUCCUGACGCAACUCUUUUGUUCUUCGAUUGCUGGCGGGUCAACCUAUAAUCAAUGUAGUAUAUUUAUCAGCAACUUGUCACUUAAUUUACCUGAAGAAAUUGAAGAAAUACAAAAAGUAAUCUUUCACAGAUUACCGACUACUGCAAAUAAAGCGCCAGCUUCCUAUGCACAAGCUCGUAUAUGGCAUGACGAAAGAAUUCGAUUUGAUCCAGACAAACCUCCAAUAGCAAUCUAUAAUAUGCCUUUUGUUUAUCGUCUGCAACCAGGUUAUACUUUAUCGAUCAAACAACUUCGUCAUGCUCUUCAUCUCACUGUUGACAAACAUCUCUCACUUCAUACAUCACUUCAUUUUGACAUCGAAAAGAAUCUACUUAUACAACGAGUUAUUACUCAUGAAGAUAAAAGUAACAAUUUGUUUUCAGUAAUCGAAACUACUUAUGAAACAGAUGAACAACUCAAUGAGAUUUUACAUGAUGAAAAACGUAAUCCUCAUCUUUUUGAUCUUGCUCAAGGUCUUGUCUUUCGAUGUCAUCUUGUUUAUUGCAAACAAAUCUCUUCAAAUGAUCUUCUUUCUCACAAAGAUCUACUUAUCUUCAACUUUCAUCAUGCUUUAUUUGACUUUUCAUCAAUGAAUAUCUUUCUUCAUGAUCUCAAUCAAGCAUAUACAACAGAUCAAUUAUUAUAUGAUGAUAGCACUAAUCUACGUUACCUCGAUUAUGCUGUUAUCGAACAACAAAUGCCAAUGACUGGUGCAGGUAUGUUUUGGCUUGAUACUCUUCAUGAUUGUAAACUCGAUCAACCUUUAUCAUUACCAUUUGAUCGAUAUCGUCUCUCAAAUGAACAUCGAACUAGCCGUGCAACAUCUAUCUCUUUUGAUUUUGGUCAAGAUCUCUCACAUGACUUUCUUACCCAUGCAUCAUCGAACAACAUCUCACUUGAACAUCUUGCAUUUGCUAUUUAUUUCAUCUUUCUAUUUAAACUAACUAAUAGACAAACAGAUCUAUGUAUUGCUAUGAACAUCAAUAAUAAUCGAUUUAGAGAUGAACUCAAAUCAAUCAUUGGCUUGUUUGAGAAUGUCAUUCCGUUACCAUGCCAGUUAGAUCCUCAUUGGUUUUUUCAUCAAUUACUCGAACAUGUUCGAGAGACAAUAACAAAUAGUAUGAAAUAUUCAUAUUUUCCUCUUCAACAUAUUCUUAAUCAACAUCCACAUAUUUCCGAACAUACAUUUUUGGAUACACAUCUGGAAUUCAUAUCAUACAAGACCAACAAUAACAACAAUGCAAUUAUGAUUGGUGAUUCUCAACUUGUUCCAGGAUCUUUCUCAUUCCAUACUAAUGAAGAUGAGAUAUUAGGUGCAUCUGAUUUCUCGCUUUCAUUUCAUCAUGAUAUGAACAUGAAUCAACUGUCAUGCACAAUCAAUGCAUCACUUGAUUUGUUCAAUAGAGGGACCGUGGAGACGAUUUCACAACGAUUUCAUUCUAUCUUACAUCAAUCAUCUGCAUUUAUUAUUGACAACCAAAUAAACAAAUCAAUCUAUGAAUUAUCAUUAACAUUAUCAAAUGAACAAUACUUAAUGCAAUCAUUGAAUAAUACACAAGUAUCAUUUCCAUCUGCUCCCACUUGUAUUCAUCAUGAGUUUGUACAACAAGUAAUGAAACAUCCACAAAAACUAGCUGUUGAACUAGAUGAACAAUCAUUGACAUAUUGUGAACUUUUAUAUUAUGUUCAAGUCUUAUCUUUAACUCUUCUCAAUGAAUAUCAUGUGCUUCCAGGUGAGAUAGUAUGUCAAUGUGUUGAGCGAAGUCUGUCCAUGGUGAUUGGUAUUAUGGGAAUUGAAAUGGCCGGUGGUGUCUAUUGUCCAUUAUCACCUCGAGAUCCAGAAUAUCGUUUACAUGCACUUACACAACAAACACAAAGUCGUCUUGUACUUGUUCAUCAUCUAACUAAGACCAAAUUCAACCAUGAUAUUGCGAUACCUGAUAUCGAUUCAAUUUUGACCAACACAGAGACACACAGUAGAAUCCAUGUGAAUCGACUCUCAGAUGUCGCAGUAAUACCGGAUAGUAUGGCGUACAUCAUCUUCACAAGUGGAUCAACGGGAAUACCGAAACCGACUCAACUUCGGCAUAGAAAUUUUACUCGAUCAAUACAAUCUUUAGUACAUGUUGAUAUAUUUAACAAAAACGAUAUCAUUGUACAAAUGGCACGCUGUUCGUUUGAUCUUCAUGUUCAGGAAAUCUUAGGAACGUUAAUCAUAGGAACCACAGUAAUCAUGUUACAUCCACAGGGAAACUAUGAUUUCGAAUAUCUUUCCAUACUUAUGGAAAAGAAACAAAUUACUUUUCUUUAUACUGUACCGACAUUACUGCAACUCUUUUUUAAAUUUAUCAAAGAAACUAAAAAAGCAUAUGUUAUUCAAUAUUUGCGAUCUCUCUGCACUGGAGGUGAACGUUGCUCGGUACAACUUGUUGAAUUAUUAGAAAGUAUUAUAAAUAGCGACUGUUCUAUAUGGAAUUUAUGUGGGCCAGCGGAGACAACUCUUCAAUCUUUAUUUCAUCGAGUGAACUCUCAAAUAGACGCAGUAACUAUUCCACUUGGUAGACCACUACCCAAUUAUUCUUGUAUAAUCGAAGAUGAUUUUGGACAGUGUCUCAUUGUCGGCAAAGAAGGAGAGAUCCUAGUGAGAGGAAUUGGCAUCUUUGCGGGUUAUCUUGGACGUGAUGAUUUAACCGCUAGAGCUCUUGUUGAGAUAGAUGGCGAACUAUUUUAUCGAACAGGUGAUCUUGUUACAAUGGAUAACAAUGGUCUUCUUCGUUACCAAGGAAGAAAAGACCAUCAAAUCAAACUUCAUGGACAACGGAUUGAACUUGGUGAAAUUGAACGAUGUUUACUUAAUAUUACAUCUAUCUCUGCUGGUGUUGUCAUGAAAUGGAAAGAUGAUCAUUUAGUUGCUUAUGUUCAAAGUUCUGAUAUUGAUGAAAACGCAUUACGGGAACAUUGCCAAUUACACUUACCACCUCAUAUGAUUCCAUCAAUAUUCAUCAUACUUGACAAGUUACCAAUGAAUGCAAAUGGAAAAAUAGAUCGAAAACUUCUUCCUCCACUAAAUUUUUCAUCAAUAUUAAUAUCUGAUAAUGAAGCUCAAUACAUUGAACCAAAUGAUAUUGUAGAAAUGAAGAUUCAUUUAAUUUGGUGCGAAAUUCUUCAACGUACCCAUAUUUCAAUGAAUACAAGUUUUUUCAGCAUUGGCGGACAUUCACUUCUUCUUAUGAAACUAUAUCAUCGUUAUAAAGUAGUUUUCAAUCUUGGUACUAAUACUAUGAACGUAACGCAAUUAAUUGAGCAUGUCACAAUUGCUGAACAUGCGAGCCUUAUAAAACAUUGGUCAGACUAUGUACAACAAGAUGUUAAGCCAUGGUACUUAUUAAAUUUCACUUCUGAUGACUCGAUUAUACAUGGAUUCUCAUCUUCAUCCAAAGGUAGACUUUACAUUCGCCAUAAGAAUAUCGAUGAUUUAUCUCAAGAUGAAACAAUGAUUAUUGAACAACUUGAAAAAAGCUAUCUUUCUGCGGUAAUUCAAGAGAUAUAUAUUAUGUGGAUUACUGAUCCUCGAUUUAAUGAAAAUAUUGAGUUAAAGCAACGACUUGCCGCUAUAGUUGUUUCGCAAGCACACGAAUUAACUGUGCUAGAAGAAUUGGAGAAGUUUUCAAAUCGGAAACAUUUCCACAAUGUUCAAAUUCCAUGGGCUGUCCUCACUGAAAAAGAAUCACAUUCUACAUUGCUGAAAGGUAUGAAUCGAGAAAUUCUCGAAAAACAUUAUCGAACAAAAAUAAUAAACAUCCUACUUGCAAAUGUAACUUUUGAUACUUCUUUAAAUAUAACCGAACAAGAAAGAUUUCCACAAUCUGAUACGUUAAUUGAACAUGAUAAGUUACUCGAUCCGUCUCUGCAGCCAUCUAUCGAAACAAACAACAAAGAGAAAUGUAAAGAUAUUUUUCUCACUGGAUCAACUGGUUUUCUUGGUUCUUAUCUUCUUGAUGAAUUAUUGAAACAAACGGAUGCAAAUAUAUACUGUCUUGUUCGCUCGAAAAGAAUUACAGAUACAUUACAAUCUCGCGUGAUUUAUCUAUAUGGUGAUUUAACUCUUCCUCAACUGGGUCUUCACAAUUAUCAAUAUUCGAUGUUAGUAUCGAAAAUAUGUUCAAUUUAUCAUUGUGGAGCAGAAGUUAAUUUCAUUAAAUCAUAUACUGAUCUUCGAUCAGCAAAUGUGCUUAGUACUCUGGAACUAAUUAAACUAGCAUGUUUAACUAAUUGUCGAAUUAAUUAUAUAUCUACUUUAAGUGUUUUGGAUGAAAAUAAUCAAAGCGGAUAUGUACAAAGCAAACAAGUUGCUGAAUGUCUGGUGAAACAAGCAAGUGAAAGAGAUUUAACUGUAAGCAUACUUCGACCAGGUAAGACAACACCUUCUACUAUCAUUUAG